AUGUGGACCAUUCGAGUGCGCUCGUGGGAGAUCAUUCAUGCCGACACCAUGUACCAGCCCAUGGCGCAGACGUGUGGCGGCCCCAACAAGGCCCUUUGGACGCAUCUGCGCCGUCACCACCUGCUGCCGCCCAGAGGGCUACCGCUCUUCCACCGCAACUGGACGUUGCGCUCCGUGCCGCCGCUCGCCGACCACGACAUGGCGGCACUGCCGCCCAACUGGGUGGUGGUGCUGGGCAAGCGGCCGAUGGCGAAGCGCGCGUUGGUGAACUGGGAUGACCUGAGGGACGCCGUGUACGAGAGCUUUGAGAGCUUUGGGAGCAAACGGAUUGUGGUGUUUCAAGGGGACCUGCGCAUCAUGGAAGCGCGGGCUCUCUUCCGCCGGGCGCGCCUGUUUGUGUCGGGGCACGGGGCCGCCUUUGCCAAUGUCAUCUUCAUGCCCGCCAACUCCUCCAUCUACGAGAUUCGACCGCGCAACUGUUACAACGCCUGUUACAAUAAUCUUGCGCAUGCCUGCUCUGUGCGUUACCACCUCUCGUUUGGAGACGGAACGUGUUAUUCGUCCUUGAAAGCCAACUUGACACAUGUGAGGGAGACUCUUUCCGCAAUAGCGCAGAGAUUUAGAGACGAGGAUGCUGAGUUGGCUGAACAAUAA